AUGCCCAUCACUCGCGCGGCGUCGAGCAAUUCCCUCUCCAAUGGUGUAGGGCCGAGCUCGAGCAGGAAGAAGAAAGCUCCAGCGAAACCGCCAGCGGGAGAGAUCAUCGUGAUAUCGGAUUCGGAGGAGGAAGAAGAUAUCAAACCCGCCGUUCACCACCACAAGUCGUCGAAGAAGCGGACGAUAUCGCAGACCGGGCCGUCCUCUGGUUCGAGCAAGCGCGCUCGCACCUCGACGGUGUCUGACUUUUCAGGCAUCGAGGUCGUCGAACCCCCCCAGGAUCCCCCGGCGGUCAAGGAGUGGAAGGACCGCGCUCGCGCCGCUGAACAGUUGCAGAAAACGGCCGAGGAGCGUGCACGCCGAUACAAGUCGGCCGAAGCAUCCGCCAAGGCAGACUCCGAGGGUCUUCGCAAGGAAUUGAAGGAGACUCGCGAUAAAGAGAAGCAGUUGGCCGCCAAAGCGGACAUUGCCGAGAAGGCGCUAGCGAAGGCCACGGCUUCGGGCUCAGGCGGAGGUAUCGACCUCGAAGCACUAGAGGAGAGCGUCUCGUGUGAGAUCUGUCAAGAGAAGAUGUGGCAACCUUGGAUGCUUUCCGAAUGUGGCCACGUCUACUGUCAGAAGUGCCUUACGGAUUGGUUUGGUACUACGCAUGCCAAGCAUCUCGAGAGCCAUCCCCACUACGACGUGAACCACGCACCGCCCAUCACGCCCGCACAGCUCGCCCGCCUGCCCAUACAGAUCCAACCCUUCCUUGCGCAUCAAGUCAAUGCUAUCCCGCGCCCGCCGUUCUCUUGCCCUACGUGUCGCGCAGACGUGACGCGCAAGCCGAGUGAGGCCUUCGUCGUGAAGACCAUCGUGCAAUUGAUCGCCGACAAGACCGGCGAAAGGAAUCCGUACCCACCACCGCAGGCGCCCACUCCAGCUCGCCGCUCACGCAGUGGCAAAGCCAAGGCUCCCGUCGUACCAUCUGGUCCUUGGGAUGGGUUCUUCGGGCGCUCGUAG